UGAACACGAGUUCGGGUCGAGUGAUGGGACACACAAUCACAGCAUUGGAUAUCAAGAUUAACGAGUUUUUGAAUAUACCAUACGCUGAGCCGCCAAUCGGAAAGCUUAGAUUUGCGCCGCCCCUACCCCUCAAAACACCUAAACAUGUUAUAAUAGACGGCACAAAACCAGGCAAUUAUUGCAUUCAAAGUGCCAUAGGUUUUGGCGGUAUUAAGACAUUUGUGCCCCAAAGCGAAGACUGUUUAGUAUUAAACAUAUGGACACCAAAUGUGAACAAUAAUACCGCAAAGCAGUCAAAGGGGACGUUAAAAGCGGUGAUGUAUUCGCUAUACAGCGGAGGGUUAAGUAUUGGUUCAAUAUUUCAAGACUUUUACAACGGAGAUGUGUUGGCCACCAAUGAUGUGGUGGUGGUGUCGGCCAACUAUAGG